AUGCGUUCGUUCAACGCCAUUGCCGUCGUUUCGGUCCUCGCGACAUACGUCUCAGCGCUCCCGACGUUGAGCUUUGGAUUUGGUGCAGGGAAUGGGUGUCUGACCAAACACACUGCGCACGAGCUCGUGAACAACUUCAUCAAGCUCACCAACGGAGAUGCGUUCAACGAGGAUUUGGCGAGAGCCUUGAUCACGGAGGAUGUCGUGGACACUUCUGGCUCCGUCGCAUCGAUCAUCAACUCUGGUAACACCGGACCUGUCCCACUGCUGGGCCCAACUCUGGCGAACCGCACUGAAUUCAUCGCCGCCAACUCUGCGCAAGCGACUACGCCAUACCAACCCCUCAACAUCUACUGGACUUGCGACGUUGUUACCUUCCGCUUCGUCAUUCCAUUCGAGCCGCAGCCUGUUCUGGGUAUCACCAUCCUGGAGACAGUCCCUGCUCCAAAGGGCUGCCGUUUCCCGUUCCAGAUUAAGCAGGUCUUUGGCGAACUGAACAGCUUUGCCUUCCUUGUCGACUUGGGCGUCUACGAGCCCAUUGAUCCUCCACCGCCUCCGCCGCAGAAGUAG